AUGAAUCCCUUGCAAGAUACCUAUGUUGCAUUACCCAUAAGUGGCAUCAUCAACGUGCAGGAUGAGGCUGUCGCUCAUGGGAUAAAGUACGAUGGUUUUGAUGUCGAUGCAUUUCUAUCGUGUUGUAACCCGGGUUCCCCAACAAUUCCGCCAUGGCGCUUAAUUUAUGGGCAUCCCAAACAUGAAGGCGACGUACGACCAACAACAGUCAAACCAAACUCGUCACAGGCCCGGAAACGUGCAGAUGACAAUAGCGAAAGCCAUGGUUUUGGAAUUGCCUUCAAAAAUGACACCGUUUCCAAAUCAGAAAAAAAUGCGGUAACAGGAUUAAAGCAUAGCGGAUUGCCAACAAGGUUGGAGACUUCUCCAACGCGGUUGAUAAGCUCAGGAGACAAUGAUUCCACUGAAUUGAUCAAUCAAGAGGUUUCGGGAGCUGAAAAGCAGAGCGAGUCACUUCCUGCCAGAGCGAUCACAAAUAACAUCUCAAAAGGUGACUCUGCAGUAAUAGAGCAUGGAGAAGAAGAUCGGGAAUCGGAUCAAGGAGACCGAGAGAUUGUAUGGGUUGACAGAGAAAACGACGAGGAAGAAGAGGCACCCUUAGAACAAGAUGCUGAGCGAAUGGCCAUUUUGCUGGAUCGUUUAGACCCACGGCUAAGGGAAUACAGUUCCAUUUUGCCACAUCACAUUUUUCACGGAGCAAAGAUUCGUAGGUCCACAGGAAAUAGCGAGUCGGUAUAUGGGAAAGUUUUAUCGUUCACUUUCUUGGCCAAUAUUGCGACCAAAAGAUCGGGAGGCUGGCAUUCAAGUUCAGCGGAGCUCGGCUCAACAACUUUGGAAUUUGUGGAAGGGGAAGGAGGCAAAGUUCUUGUUCUCAAAAGGCAUAACCCUGUAAUAAUGUCCAGAGAUGGAGGUGUGCAAAUGGAGACUGAGAGGGAAGUGUAUGCCCGGAUUGCAACAGUUUCGGAAGAGGAACCAGGCGCCCAGUUUCUUAUGUGGCUCGAAGCUGCUGUGACAUUCACGGACAUGCUUGGUAUCAGCGAACGGGCAUUAGUUAUGCCAGCAAUGCCGACAACGUUAGGAGAUGUCCUGGACCGUAGAUACAAGACAUCCACUGAGAUUUCGAAGGGCGAUAUACGUCGAAUCAUGGCUCAGUGUGCUAUUGGUAUUGCCACACUCCACAGUAUCGGUGUAAUUCACGCCGAUAUCAAGCCUGACAAUAUCUUCCUAGACGCUCGCCGGAACGUUAGAAUCGGCGAUUUUGGUCUUAGCUGUAUCGCCAAAAAGGUUGGACCUCUCAAAGCCACCGUCGCCUAUGGGCGCAAAUAUGGAGGUACAGAAGGGUAUAUGGCUCCAGAGAGUGUUGAAGAUCCGCCAAGGUUCAGCUAUCAAGUUGAUUACUGGGCACUCGGUUUGAUUUUUUGGGAGAUGGUGGUUGGUAAUUACGAUUUCCUGGAAGCUCUGUCGUCCGACAAUGUAGAAGGGUGGGCGUACUUUCACAGGGAGCGCAAGAAAAGGUUUGCUUACUUCAAGAAAUAUUUUCCGGUGGAAGAAUGUGAUCUGGAGCUGGAAUUACAGCUUGUCUGUGGGCUUGUGGAUCCAUGUCCCCAAACCCGAAUGGGAAUUGACCGGUUGCUCGUCCAUAGAUACUUCGAAGUUGAUGGAGUAUCAGAAUUCAAAGAUAUGAGGGAGAAAGGUAAGCUCGUCAUAAAACUUUGA